UUCUGUCUGUGAGGCUUCACUCUCAUCUCAUUCCUGGGGAUGGUUUCUGUCUGUGAGGCUUCACUCUCAUUCCUGGGGAUGGUUUCUGUCUCUGGGGCCUCGCUCCCCUCCCCCCUUGUUUCGGGUGCCAGGCUGGGGUCCCCAUUGUGCUGAGGCACUGAGGGCAUCCCUGGCCUUUGCAUCAGGACUUCCCCUCCGUGGUUGUGGUUCUUCUGCAGAAGCCAAGAGGAAGCUGCGGUUGGCGAGGUGGGGGCAAACCUGCCGCCAGUGUCUGCUUCCCCCAGACAGGGCAGGGCAUGGGUGUACCCCCGGGCAAGGCACCCCAUCCCUCCCUUGCCUGUCAGGGUCACCUAGAGCACUACAGCCAAGGGCUGAGCUGCUGCUUAGGGGUCUGGGGGUCCCAGCUUCCCCUCCCUGCCCUGCCACCCACACUCAGGGGCUUGGCUGUGCUCAGGGAGGGGCCCGGAGGUCCCACUGCCCCGUCAUGGCCACAGUGCCUCAAAAGGUGAGAGCUGGGCUCCCCCAGCCCCCACUUCCCCUUUGCUUUCUAGGAACUCCAGAAAGUACGUGAAAGAGUACAGUGCUCCUCUCCCCAGGGUGGGGUCUGCUACAUGGGCUGGCAUUGGUGGGAUGGCAAAGAGGCAGCUGGGUGACCGUGAUGAUCUCUGUUCCUCAUCCCAUGGGAGACUCGGUGGCCCAGGAAGGAGAGGGAAGGGAUGAGACACCUUGUGUUGUGGGCAUCACCCUGAGCCUCUGUGGAAACCCUUCCCUCUCCUCGGGGACCCAGAGGAGCCCUGCCCUGAGCUGCCCCUCUCCAGACCCCUGGCACAGGUGCUGAUAGACCUCCCCCCAUAGCAGAGCACUGGGGGGUUCUGUACAGCACACGGUGGUGCAGGGGCUCAGGUGUCCCCUCUCAGAGAGCUGGGACCACCCAGAACCCCACCAUUCCAGGUGCCCAGCACUUCCCCUUGCCCUGCUGUUCCCCGGGGAACCCAUCCUGUGCCAUUCGGGGGCAGGAGAGGGGGUGUGCGGUGCCCCCUGCCCCGGGAAGUACCAGCGGUGAGUCCCGAGGCUGGCUGGGUGGGAGGCAGGGGGCUGAGCGUGGGUCCCAUUCUCCAGUUCUGAGAACUGGAUGAUGCUGCUCUGACUGCACCUUGGGGCAGCCCCAUGGAGUCCAGCCCAGUAUAAGACAGCGCAGCCCCCAGCCCUGCUGAGCCCACCAGAGAGACACACGCAGAGGUAAGCACAGACCCGGAGGGCUGGGGGUUCUUGGGGGGAUCCUGCUUUGGGGAUGCUGCUCCCAGGGCUGGAGGUUUUCCCUGGCUGGCCCCACUGGUUGUGCCACUCUCCUGGGUUAUGUCGAGCUGGGGCUGCCCUUCCCCUCCCUUUCCCUUCCCAGAUGCUGGUGCUGGUAGGACUGGUGCUGUUCCUUGUGCCUGCAGAACCCCUGACUGCCUUCCCCCCAAAGUUCCAGGUGGGGAAUCUCAACGAAGACGUGGUGGUGCGAUGUAACACUUCAGAGCAGCACAUCUACUGGACACUGAACGGGGAGGAGGACCCCAUGGCCGAACUGGUGCCUAAGGGCCAGAACCUCACCAUCCUGGGCUUGGACCUGCCAGCCACUGGCAACUACAGCUGCUGGGCUGGCCCCCUCCUGCUGGACACCACCUACGUGGUGGUCAGCAGCACCCGCGAGGAGGAGAUCAACGUGUCCUGCCAGGCUGAGUCCUACAAUGGCUCCUUCCACUGUUCCUGGCCCGGGCCCUCCUCUGCCAUCUUCCGUGCCCGCCUCACACGCAGCGAUGGCUCCAUGGGGCCGUGGGUACCGGUGGCCAGUGACCGUGGCUGGUUCAACACCAGCCUGGCAGAUCCCUCGUUCUGCCCCUUCGGAGAGGAGCUGCACCCGCUCAAGCUGCACCUGGAGGGGCUCUCGGACACCUCCUACCUCAACCUCUCCAGGCACUUCUUCAUCCGUGACAUUGUGCGUCCUGAUCCUCCCCAGGAGCUGAUCCUGCAGCAGCGGGGGGAGCAGCUCCACCUGGUCUGGGCUCCCCCGGCCUCCUGGCCGCUCCCCAAGUCCUACUUUGCACUGCUCUACCAUCUACAGUAUGAGCUCCACAACGGCACCCAGGUUGAGCAGUUCCUGGAGGGCGUGGAGGAGACGCCAGUGCAGGCAGGGGCGCGGCGGGUGCGCAUCAGCUGCCGAGACCCCUACAACCCCCCAGCCUGGAGCCCCUGGAGCGCCUGGAUGAGCCUUGAGGCACCCUGACAACAGCGGCUUUGAGAGUGCUGACCCCACAAACGGGCACCUCCCUUCCCCAGAACCCACAUCCCUUUACA